AUGGAAUAUUUUGCCGACUACAGGCCGUCUCAAUAUAGCUGGAAUAUUGCUGACUACAGGCCUCCUCGAUAUAGCAGGAUUAUUGAUGACUACAGGCCUCCUCGACAUAGCAGGAAUAUUGAUGACUACAGGCCUCCUCGAUAUAGCAGGAAUAUUGCUGACUUCAGGCCUCCUCGAUAUAGCAGGAAUAUUGAUGACUACAGGCCUCCUCGACAUAGCAGGAAUAUUGAUGACUACAGGCCUCCUCGAUAUAGCAGGAGUAUUGAUGACUACAGGCCUCCUCGACAUAGCAGGAAUAUUGAUGACUACAGGCCUCCUCGACAUAGCAGGAAUAUUGAUGACUUCAGGCCUCCUCGAUAUAGCAGGAAUAUUGAUGACUACAGGCCUCCUCGAUAUAGCAGGAAUAUUGAUGACUACAGGCCUCCUCGAUAUAGCAGGAAUAUUGAUGACUUCAGGCCUCCUCGAUAUAGCAGGCAUAUUGAUGACUACAGGCCUCCUCGAUAUAGCAGGCAUAUUGAUGACUACAGGCCUCCUCGAUGUAGCAGGAGUAUACCUGACUACAUGCCUCCUCGAUAUAGCAGGAAUAUUGAUGAUUAUAGGGUUUCCACAGCCGUGGCAUAG